AUGAAUGCGUCGCUGGUGAUGAAAAUAUUUAGCGGCCCAAUUAUACAACCCGACAGCCCGGAAGACGUGGAGAUAACCGAAGCCCUAAAUGCCCAUUUUGACAAGCUCGAAAUUGUGAAGAAGCUACGGGAAGACCCAUCUUACACUGAGUGGGAACCAUAUGGAAACUUUACAGAGGAAGAGAAGAAGAAGAGGCUUACUAGCGGGUGUCUUCGAGGAUCCAGGGGCUUGUCGUGCCAGCAUGUGUUCUAUAACUCUCAGGAAAAUAUCCUCAAAUCUGUUCUGUUUCUGGGUAACGCGCUUGAUGGAUGGCCUACUGUUGUGCAUGGGGGUGCAAUCGCUACGCUUCUUGACGAGAACAUGGGUCGUUUAGCCAUUGAAAAUCUACCAGAGCGCACAGGGGUUACUGCCAACCUUAAUAUAACCUAUAAAGCCCCUCUUUCGCCCGGCCAAUACAUCUCAGUUGAGGCGAAACUUAAUCCCACCUUGAGUUCCGGAAGGAAAGUCGUUGUUGAAGCUGUCAUCAAAGACCAAACAGGGAAGCUCUGUUCAGAGGCUACAGCAUUGUUCGUGUAUCCCAAAAAACUGAAACUAAGGACUAUUGGCGAGAAAUUUUGA